CUCACUAGAGGAAUAGCUGGCCAGGUUGGACCCAGAUCCUCCUCACCAGAGUUGUUACAAUAGAAAGUAAACUCAAUCUCGCGUGUCUUUAUUCCCCCGAAGCAAAGUCGCAGGCUUCAGCCCAAAGAUCUCUGACUACAAGUUAUACUGUUCCAUCCAGUUUGUAUCAUGGGUCGAUCACCAUCAGUUACUGCAUCACAACAUUGUCUUUUCCUUGUUGGAGCUGUCCAGAGAGUUUAUUACCCGAAGAAGGAGAGCUGAGAGAAGAAGGAGAGAGGGAGGGAGAAGAUCCUGCCUUAGUCUGCGACAACCCUCCAGUCUGCUGGCCCUUGUAUUUAUCCUCCCAUUGUGACCCCUCACAUUUCAGCUGCUCAGCUAUAAAAAGAACAGGACGCAACCAGAGAUGGCUCGUGACAUUCAGAGAGACUGGGGCUGGAGAAACACGGUGCUCGCUCCAUCAGUUUCAGUUGCAGAAGGUAGUUACGCUUCCAGAGGCUUCCAGAGUUUCCAAAUUUAUUUGUAUGGGCUCAGAGAAUAUAUGACACACUUUUUUAUUUUUCAUGGGAAUGUCACAAUGGACUGGAUAAUUACUACCACAGUAUUCUUGUCAGUGUUAGAAGCUGCACUUUGUUUUAAUAUUGACCCAGUGGCCUGGAAGUUCCUGAGAAAUGAAGCAGCAGGUUUUGGAUACCAGGUGGUGCAGAGACAGACAGACUUGCUCGUCAGUGCUCCUCUUGCACAGUAUCUACCAGGAACAAGGGGGGAAAUAUAUAAGUGCUCCACCGAGUCCUGCAGUAAACUACCAGUUACAUUGCCAGCUUUUGCAUUCAACAUAUCGCUUGGUUUGACAAUGACAAGUGAUCCCGCCACACAAAACACUAUGGUAUGUGGUCCAACCAUCCCAAAGGACUGCAAAAGUAUCACCAUGUACAACGGUUUAUGCAGGCAGAUAAACCGUUUUGAUAAUCUUGGAGCCUAUGUGCCUUCUUCUCCUGAAGAGUGUCGAACCCAAGCAGACAUUGCAAUUCUGUUGGAUGGCUCAGGCAGCAUAGAUGGUGAUGAUUUUAAAAUAAUGAAGAUAUUUGUGAAAAACCUGAUCGGCUCAUUCCAGGGAAAAGAUACAAAGUUUGCCAUUGCCCAGUUCUCUUCAACUUUUCGAUUCAAGAUCCAUAAUUACUUAAGUACAUUUGAUGCUAAAAGUUGGGAAGCUCAAAUUAAUGGAAUAACACAGUUAACUGGAGGGACAUACACAGCUGAUGCCAUCAAACGUGUUGUCAAUGAAAUUUUCUCAGUAAAUGGAGGUUCCAGGUCAAAUGUGAAGAAAGUUCUGAUAGUCAUUACAGAUGGAGAAUCUAAUGACCCACAGGAAUUGCCAAAUGCAGCAGCUUUAGCUGAAAAAAAAAACAUAGUUCGAUUUGCCAUUGGGGUUGGGCGUGCAUUUGCCAAAUACAAUGCAAUAAGGGAACUGGAAACCAUUGCAACUUCUCCCCCAGCAAACUAUGUGUUUAAAGUGGACAACUUUAACGCACUUGAAAUAAUAAGGCAGAAUUUGCAGGACAAAAUCUUCUCCAUCGAAGGAUCUCAAACAAGUGGAGAGUCACUGAAAAUGGAAAUGUCUCAAGGGGGAUUCAGUGCAGCUUAUGUGCCUGGGGGAUUUCUGAUGGGUAUUGUUGGUGCCAACGAAUGGAAGGGAGGCUACCAACAAUACACAAGCGCAGGCACGAUAGUCAGCACCUUUGCACCAGAGUAUAUGGAGACUGACAGUUAUCUGGGUUACUCCAUGGCUGUUGCUAAAACGGUGUACGGUGAAUUGACAAUUGUUGGUGCUCCGAGAUAUAAACACAGAGGACUUGUGAUGACAACUUACAGAAACAACUUUCAACAACAGAUUGAUCCCUUUCCAUGGCAGUUUCAGAUUGGUGAAUAUUUUGGGGCUGAGGUUUGUGCGAUGGACGUGGAUCCUAAGCCCUACACAGACCUAAUCCUCAUAUCUGCCCCCAUGUACAUCGACACUGAUAGAGAGGGAAGAGUUUAUGUUUGCAGCUUAAUUGAUUUGAGUGUCGAUUGUCACUUAGAUUCUCCAUCAGUACUGAGAGGGGAUGCAUUUUCAAAAGGACGGUUUGGGUCUUCUCUUGCUGUGCUGCCUGAUCUUAACAACGAUGGUCUCAGUGAUUUGGCCGUUGGAGCACCUUUGGAGAAUGACGGUCAGGGCAGCAUCUAUAUAUUCCACGGCGAAGGAGGAAGAACAAUCAGUUCUGCUUACUCCCAGAGAAUUACUGGCUCGGAAGUCCGGCAAGGACUGAAGUUCUUCGGCAUAUCAAUCAGUCAGUCAUCAUUUGACCUUAGUGGGGAUAAUCUGCACGACUUAGCGGUGGGUUCAAAGGGAGCAGUUGUUUUACUCAGAUCAAAGCCUAUAGUAAUGGUAGAAGCUACGGUGUCAUUCAGUGUAAACCCAAUCCCCACUCAAAACUCAGACUGUUCAAAACCACUAGAGAACACAGCUCGUAUCUGCUUCACCAUGAGCAGACACUCUCCAGUAAACACAGCUCAAGCAAGGAUUAAUUACACUCUAACGCUUGAUGUCACCCGCAAGGUCCCAAACAACCGAGCUUACAUCAAUGAGAAAACACGAGAGCAGACUAGAUCCAUUCUUCUUGACUUAAACCAGGAACAGUGCAACGAGGUGAACUUCGCCAUUCAGGCUUGUCCAGACGAUGCUCUCAAUGCACUUAACAAUGAGCUCAGAUUCACCUUUGACGGUGUAUCUUCUGCUGAUACUCUCAGCCCAAGUCUUGCCCAACAGGCUCAGACAACAACCUUUUAUCCUUUAGGGUUCGAGAUUAACUGCGGCACUGACAACAACUGUGUAGAUAACCUGAAAGUGGAUUUCAACUUUACUGAUUCCUCAGAGGUUAAAGUGGGCAUUGAUGACCUGCUUAAUGUCACCGUCUCAGUGGGGAACAUGGAGGAAAACUCCUACAACAGCCGGGUUGUUCUCACAUACCCAGUCGGACUCUCCUUUAGGAAGUUUACAAGCCUGCAGGGAAGAAUUGAGUGCAACUCCUACGACAGUGAAGAUGGAUUAUCCAGAGGAAGGACAGACUGCACUGUUGACAAGCCUAUUUUCAAGAGCAAAACUAAGGCUUUAUUCAUCGUCCACUAUGGGAUCCAAACCACUAGCCAACUUGGCAGUAGGAUUUUUGUCACUGCAAAUGCUUCCAGUGGAAAUCAGGAGCACUCCAGCUCAAGCGAACUCUACAAAAUGAAAGAGAUUAAUGUGAAAUACGGCAUUUUUGCGACCAUCCAAAGUUCCCUCAGCUACACCAAUUUCUCUUUCGGAAAGAACAAUUUGCAGAAACCAGUCCAACAAACAAUUGUGGUUACAAAUGAAUUCAGACCACUCAAUUUAACUGUGGUGAUCAGGGUGCCAGUAAAGCUCGGUGAUAAAGAUAUCUGGGUGGAUUCGAGCAGUUUGCAGAUUCCAGACUGCCAAAAAGUCAAAGAUGAAGAAACUACAGUGAGAGAAUUUGUUGCUCAGAUACAGAAAAAUAACUUGGUGGACUGCUCUGUAGCCAGUUGCAGAGUGUUCACGUGCAGUAGAUUCAUGGGAAGAAAGGAGAGUAAAAGCUACAAAAUCUCUGCCAACCUUAGUUCUGGAUGGAUAGAGCAGAUUGGACUUAAAUCUGCCAAAUUCCUCUUGACCAGCACAGCCAGUCUGGACUACGACAGAAACCAGUACAUCUUCUUUUCAACAGGGUCUAAUAACAACCCUCCUGUUCGCAAGAUUGAGGCAGAGGUAGAAGUCUAUCCUGAACCAGAUUUCACCAAAGAGAUUGUCGGAGGAUCCCUGGGAGGGCUGGCCCUAUUAGCUCUACUCAGCGCUGGCCUGUAUAAGGCUGGAUUUUUCAAGAGUAAAUACAAGGAGAGGAUUGAAGCAGAAGAAGCAGAAGAUGCAGGAGUAGUUGGUGGAGAAUAACAAACCUAAAAUCAGUUGACGUCCCACAAAGACCAGCUUUUUUCAGAUCUAAUACAUUCAUAGGAAUAGCCUUCUGAUUUCUGUUGACCACAAAACAAAACAACUGUCCUAACAUCUACAGUGUGUGCAUUGUUAUCUUUGAUUAGCUUCACAGAGUUGUACAAUUUUUAAGGUGAUACACUAGUCAAAUCACACCAAUCACAAUGAAACUUUACAAGCUCAUAGUAAACAUAAAUAGAACCUUUUUUGAAUUACGAUGUAGUAAAAUGUAUUUUUUUUAAAUACAUAAUUAAAUAUGCACUGAUAUCUCACAUAUCAAACAAAUCCAUUUUCUUGCACAUUUAAAAGACUUGACAUGAAUUGUUUUGGGUUUUAUUGUGAUAAUAUACCUAAUGGCCAGACAUUUACAGAACUGUUUGUCAAAAGACUGUUUUUUCAUGGAUUUAUUGAAAAUAUACUAGUCAUAUGUGUGACGGACCCUUUUUUUCCACGAUUUUUGAAAACCUCUGUAAAUGUCUUGCUAUAAGAUCUAAGAAACAGUGUGUAAAAUUAUGAUCAUCUAACGGCCUUGAAGGGGGAGGAAAAGGACUUGGCGUACAGGAAACAGUCAUUUUGAGAAAACCGCUGUUAAAAAUUAGCUAACGCGAUAGAAACCUACUUAGCAUAGAUGUUUGUCACAUGAACACAUUUCUUAUAUGAUAUAAGCGCCAACAUUGUGCGAACUAGUAAAUGAUGAUUUUGUACAUUUUAUGAAAGUAUGCUAAUAAUAUUUGCUAAAUAAUCUGGAAAAUGACAGACUGAAGCAAAAGCAUCUACAUUUUGGACUGUGGUGUCUUGCCUUAAUCUUAAAUGUAAAAUCUUGCCAUCUUUAGGAAUGUACAUAAUUUGUAUGGAAGAAAUAUCCAAACCACCACUUUGAAUUCAUUCAGUUUAAAACCUUGUCUGUGUCUGGAACACACCCAGUCAACAGAGGCUUCCAACCUGGGGCUCAGGACCCCAAAAAUCGGUCACAAAAUGAAGUGAAGGGGUCAUAAGAGGAUUUCCUGGUUAAAAAGUGAAUACUCUAGUUGUACCUCUUCAGGUCAGGCCCUUAAAAAUCAUUCAGUAAUUCCCAUUGUAUCAAAACACAGAAAAUAAAACCCUAAGCUUUGUAUUGCGGAUACUUUAAGUUGUCAUCAAUAACCUGAAUCAACCUGAAUGUGAUCCUGACCCACUGUGCACCAGACUAGCAAUGUGUAAGCUCAGGCUUUCAUUUUCUGUGGCCCAAUAUACUGUAGAUAAAUGAUAUGUGUACACUUUGAAAUAAUAUCAUGAAAAACAAAACCAUUCAAAGUUUACAAACAUUGUAAACAUUGGUUCUAUAGAGCAUAAAUUGUACUUAAAAUUUAGACUCUCAAAUGAAAUGGUGCAGGGUAAAUGUAAUGCACUAUAGAGUAGGCCUGCAUAGAGUGAUUCCAAACAGCCCAAGUGAUCCAGACAUGUAAGUGGCAGUUUUCAAGAGGCUAAUGAUUGCAUUUUUCUAAUACAACUUUUUUUCUAAAGAGCCCUUUGUUGGUUUACAAUGAAACAUUUCAUUUAUAUUUCUGCCAACUUUGUGUGUUUAUUUGUAGAAUUUCUUGUAUGGUGAAAGAAAUGAAUUCACUGUGAUCAGUUGGAUUCUGAUUUUCUCAUCACAUAUUUUACUGUAAAACUGCUGAAAUACAAUGUGGUAUGGUUAAGAGCUGCUCACUUGCUAAAAAUAACUUUUAAUAUAACUCUUACUGACUGAAUUGCUUUGCUUGGGAAUAAAUUAUAAAAUGUGUAAUAUUGAUGCAAGUACAUAUGAUGAAAUACAGAAUAAAUAACACAAAUGUU